AUGAUCCAGCUACUGUACUUCCCCUCAGUAGCUCAUCUUCAAGCCUCCGACAUCGAGUCUAGCAUAGAUUCUACCCAGGAGGAGAAACCCACCAAUAUUAAGCUGUGGUUGCCAUCACAGAUCAGGCAUGAGACACUGCUUCCAUGCAAUGACAGUUUCUCCAAACACGAGUGGGAUUUAUGGCAUGCUCAGGCCUUUGAUGCCCUCAAUGAUCUCUGCUGGCACCUCCGCCUUCGAACACAUCGAUACAAGUUCAAGGACACUCAAAUUCGCAGUCAGCAGGCAAAUACACAUGCAGGCAUCAUCAUCAAGAACACCGAAAUUAAUGUAUCCAUGGCUGCUGAGCGCUAUUGCAGAGCCUGGAACACAUUAAGUGCUCUUGCACCUUCCCUAGCCAGGGACACGUGGACAACAGAGCUGCCAAAGUUAGAGGAAGGGGAUAUCCGAGGGAUGGGAGACAGCACAUUUGGAGAGUCAAGCGGGAACUGCACCUUGUCGUGGAUAUGGAAAGCGCGAGGUGUAGCUACUGUAGGGAUGGAGGGUGGGGCAGUUCUCUCAGAAGCUUUGCGAGUCGAAUGGUGUAGAUCAAGGGCCUGUGCCAACCAGUAUUUUCCAGCAUGGCUACCAGUUCCUCCUCGUUGCACGUUGUGGGCAACACAUUAGUUCGACCUGUCACUUUGGUUGUUUUGGAUCAAGAACUUCCCGACGAUGGAAGGUCCGUCGUGUCGACCCGCGUUCUACACCAGUAUUUUGAGUAUUUUGGGAUCACACAAGCGUUUUUGCAGUUUGUGGAGCAGUUUCCAUCUGGCA